AUGCGCGUCUGGAAACAUUGCAGCUUUCGACCCAACGACCGCGUUCCCUGCCAGGUGCCCAACCUUGGUGUCUACUACACCCUCAUUCUCAUGCGCGCGCUGCUGGACGUGCGCGCGGCGCUGAAGGAGGCGAACCCGGCGGCGCUGGAGUCGUGGUCGGAGAGCACGGACCCGUGCGGGGGGUCGUGGGAGGGCUCCUUCCAGUGCGACGACAACGGCCACGUCACCUUCCUGUCGCUAGCGCAGAAGCAGCUGCACGGGCCCAUCCCCGGCGUGCAGCUCGCCGCGCUCACGGCUCUCAACUACAUCGACCUGGCGUCGAACUCGUUCACGGGCCCCAUUCCCGAGCAGCUGCUGCGACUCACCUCGCUGCAAAUCCUGUCACUAUCGUUCAACCAGCUAUCGGGCACGCUGCCAGCGGGCUUCAGCCAGCUCCAGGCGCUCAAGCAGCUGCAAGUGGCAGGCAACCAGCUAUCGGGCGAGCUGCCAGCGUCACUCUCCUCGCUCUCCAACCUCACCCUCCUCAACCUGUGCAAGAACCAGUUCACAGGGCCCAUCCCAGGCGACUGGAGCAGGAUGACUCAAAUGGCCACCCUGCGCCUGUCGUCCAAUCAGCUGGCAGGGGAGGUGCCCUCGUGGCUCGGCUCCUGGCCCAAGAUCGUUGUGCUUGAUGUGAGCUACAACGCUGGGCUGGGCGGCCCCAUCCCCGCCUUCUUUGGUGACUUUGACAACCUGGCGUCCAUUGCGAUGCAGUUCUGCUCCUUCUCAGGCCCGCUACCCCCGUCGCUAGGCAACCUGGUGCACGUGCAGGAGGUGCUGCUGGACAACAACCAGCUGAGCGGGCCCAUCCCGGACGAGUGGGGCGCGGGGCUGGAGCGAGUGGAGGUGCUGCACCUCAACGACAACCAGCUCAGCGGCACCAUACCGGGCACGUUCUGCCACCUGGAGUAUGCCAAAGACGUCAACCUCGCUCUCAACCGCCUGCAGGGGCCCAUCCCCAUCUGCCUCACCUCGCUGCGCCGCAUCUCCUCCCUAGUGCUCUCCUUCAAUCGACUCACGGGCCCCGUGCCGCCUGUGCCAGCUGGCGUGCAGGUCUUCUUCAAGGUGAACGGCAACUGUCUAGACGGAGUGGAGGACCAGCAGUCGCCCUGCCCCGCCCCCGAUGAGCUUCCCCCUCCUGCCCCCACCCCACCCGAGCAGCCACAGCAGGAGGAGGCAGCACCAUCGAGCUCAUCCACAUGGUCAUGGAUGAGGGGAUUCCUCAUAGCGCUACUAUCAGCCACCUUCGUGCUGCUGCUCAUCUUCGCCUUUGUGCUCCUUGCCAACCGCUCCGACUCCCACAACGCCUCCCGCUCCGACAACUUGGCGGUGCAGGAGUACAGUCUGGGCAAGAUCAAGAAGGCCACGCGCAGCUUCACCACGGUGUACGGGCGGGGAAGCUUCGGCACCGUGUACCUGGCCGAGGACUUCCUCAGAGACCAGAUUGAGACGCGCGCCAUCAUCAAACGCGCCCACGACCCCGAGAAGCUGGGAGAGUACGUGUUCAAGGCGAAGGCGGACUUCCUGGCGAGGGUGAGGCACCGCAGCCUGGUGGCGCUGCUGGGGUUCUGUGUGGGCAAGGGCGAGCGCAUCCUCGUCUACGAGUACCUCCCCAACGGCUCCCUCUACGACCGCCUCCACCGGCCGGACCUGGAGCCGAUCCCGUGGGACACGCGGGUGCGCAUUGCGGCGAACGUGGCGUCGGCGCUGAGCUACCUGCACCACUGCUGCCACCCGCCCCUCGUGCACCGCGCCGUCACCUCCUCCAACAUCCUCCUCACCUUCGACAUGUCCGGCAAGCUAUCUGACUUUGGUCUGGCCCGAGGCGGCUCCCCUGCCGUGUUUGACGACGGCUCCAAGCGCCGCCGCCCCACCAAGCCCGCGCGCACACGCAGCGGGGGGGUGGCGGAGGGCGAGGGGAGUGAAGGCGGGGAGGGGGGGGAGGAGGGGCAGAGCGCCCUGCAGGGGGGCGAGUUGGAGAAGGUGGAUGUGUAUGGGUUCGGAGUGGUGCUGCUGGAGCUGAUCACGGGGCAGAAGGCCAUGAAGGAGGUCCACAUCACCAGCCUCGCGGCACCGUUCCUGGAGGACGCGCAGAUGAUGCCGCUGAUGGUGGAUGCGGCACUGGGGGGGUUCUUCGACCAGGCGGAGCUCAUCGCACUCGGCACCAUCGCCCGCGACUGCGUGAAGGAGGACCCGUCGGCGCGCCCCUCCAUGCGCGAUGUGGUGCGCACCAUGCAGGCGCAGCUCGACCUCGAGGCCGACCUCUUUGCCGCACCCGCUGGUGUGGCUGGCACGGAUGACCUGGACCGGGGAGACGGGGGCGAUGGGGUGGCCAACUCGAGUGGAUACGCACCGGUGGGCGGCAAGAGUGCGCUGGCCUCUGCAUGGGUGUCGUUGGAAAAUGUUGCUUCCUCUGUCCGCACGGCCCUGACCAGCCCCCGGUUGGCGCCGCCACAUCCCGCCGGCGAGAGCACAGCUGAUCCCACGGAUGUGGAGAUGUCCUCGCUGUUGCUCAUUGCGCCUCGUGCUGCACGCCGCACCGCCAUAGUCGCCAUGGACGUGAGGCAUCAAGCGGCGCGAUUCGAAAUCAACGAAUUGCGUCGCUGCAUGAGCACGUCGCUCGACAAGCUGGUUACCACCACGCCGUCGGUGCGUUUCGCCGACGAGGUCGUCGACCUUGAGGCGGAGGCGGGUCCGCCGCAAGUCACGUUCGGGCGGUCCACGUCGUUCACGUCGCACAGCUCCUCCGGCGAGACGGAGGCGGCGAGGCGGCUGGCGGUGCGUCUGCUGAUCGGCGGCGCCAAGGAGGAGGGCGGCGGGGAGCCGCAAAAGGAGGGGCGCGAGCGACGCCGUCGCCACGGCAGCAGCAGCGGCGGUCGCAGCAGUGGCAGCGGCAGCGGCAGCGGUAGCGGCAGCGGCAGCGGCGGCGGUGGCAGUGGGGAGGCGCGAGGGUCGUGGCAGAAGCACCGUAGCUAUUCGCUGAACCAGGAGUGGUCGGGGGGGAAGCCCGUGUCGCGGUCCAGUGGGGGCGGCUCGGAGACGGAGAGCGCAGACGGAUCGAGCAAAAGCGAGAAGCGAUCGUUGGCGAAGGAAGUUACAGCGCUUCGACGACAGCUCGCGGAAUUUCAAGCUGCGAAUCAGGACCUUCUAGACGAGCUGGACCGCAAGUCGCUGGCGGUGGCGGCAGCGGAGGAGGCGGUGAGGGACGCGCGGGCGGAGCGGGAUCUGAUGGCGGCGGAGAUGGAGGCGGCGCUGGGCACGUGGACGCUGGCGGUGGACGAGGCCAAGGAGGCGGCGCACGCGGCGGAGGCGGCGAGGGAGCAGGUGGCGGAGCUGGAGACGGAGAACAAGCGCCUGUGGCAGCUCGUGGAGCUCAUUCUUGAGCAGAAGGACAAGGCCGCGCUGGACGGCGCUGAUGGCGCUGGCAAGUUCGACCCCACCACCAAUGCACGCAUCAUAGUCGGUGAAGAAACCGAGUCACAGGAGCUCGCCGUCCCCCAGCCGCCCGGCCACGGGCAGCAGCAGCAGGCGGGGGGCAAGUGGGGGGUCGUCGGGAUCCAAGGCGGCAGGGGACUCGGAGAGGGCAGGCGAGUCGGGCUCUCGCAGCAGCAGAUCGUCAUCGUCCAAGCAGCCCCCGGACGUAGUUCGCAUCUUCCGGCGCACCUUUCUGGAGCCCUCGCCCAUCCCCCGCCCCUUGCCUAUAUCGUGGUCGUGGCGAACAGGGCCAUUGCCGCGACGGGCUCCAUCCCUGCGCACUGCGUGCUCUCCGCCUUCCUUUCGCCUCCAGCAGCCGGUAUGGCGACGGCGUCGCAAUCGCCGCCUGAAGCGGGCAGCACGCCACGUGUCAUCAAGCUGGAGGCGAUCCCGCUGAGCCGCGAGGCGUUCGCGCCGUUCGGCGAGGUGGUGGAGCCCGCGGAGGACGGCGUCGCGUUCGGCGCGGCGGACGCCGCCCUCGACCUCUCGCAGGGCGCGCCCAGGGUGUACAUAAUGCGGCUGAGGGACCGGCGGCUGGGGUUUGGCAGCAUCACGCACCACGCGCGCGUGACGCAGUGCCUGGGCGCCGUGGGCGGGCAGCCGUGGUUCCUGGGCGUGGCGCCGCCCUCCCUCGUGCAGGAUGGGGAGGGCCGUGAGGGUGGUGGCGCUGAUGGCAGGGCGGUGAAGCAAGGGGCGGCAGGGCAGAGGUACCGCCCUCCCGAGGUGGGGGCGGUGAGGGUGUUCCUUGUGGAGGGCGCAGUGGUGGUGAAGCUGCACGCCGGCACGUGGCACGCUGGCCCGCUCUUCACCGCGCCGUGCAUGGACUUCUUUAACCUCGAACUGCAUGACACCAAUGUGGUGGACCACACAACGCACAGCUUUGCUGACAGCAACGGUGUGGUGUUUGAAUUUGACGAUGCACGAUCGUGA